AUCUCCUCUCAGCCUUCUCUUCUUCAGGCUAAACAUGCCCAGCUCCUUAAGCCGCUCCUCAUAGCGCUUGUUCUCCAGACCCUUGAUCAUUUUAGUCGCCCUCCUCUGGACACAUUCCAGCUUGUCAAUAUCUCUCUUGAAUUGUGGUGCCCAGAAUUGGACACAAUAUUCCAGGUGUGGUCUAACUCAAGAGGCAGACAAUGUGACUUGGGAUCCCCAAACCACCAAGAACUUGCCACAACUUAUUAUGAUCCACACAAAGGCUUUAAAAUAGCCAAGAAAAUAGAAAUAGAUGUUUGGAUUUCUGGGAGUUGAAGGCUAAAACCCCUGGGGACCCACAGGUUGAGAACCACAGCUUUAGUUUCCCUUUUUUGGAAGGGCCAAGGAGGAGGGGGCGUGGCCUGAGAUGGGAAUGGGGCGUGGCCAGCGGGAGAGGCUCCGCCCCCAGAAGCACGACCCACGCAGGGCGAGGAAGCAAGCACUGCUCUGGCUUCUUUCGUUUCUUCCCUCUCCAAGCCACGUGCCUUUGUUUCAUGGCAUGAAAAGGGAAGAGGUUCUUCAACCAAGAUGGAAAGUGUUUUGGAGCCCAGAGUGAAGGUGGAGGAGCCAAGUCCACCCAGCUCUGAAGUGGGAAGAGAGCCCAAAAAAAUGUGGGGCAAGAGAAGAGUUGGAUUCUGGGAGAGAACUGGGGAGGAUGCCCUGGAGGAGAAGGCCUUCACCCCAGACCUUCAGGGCCAGAGCUUCCAACGCUUCCACGAGGAGGAGGCCUUGGGGCCCCGAGAGGUGUGCAGCCGCCUCCACUCUCUCUGCCGCCUGUGGCUGAAGCCUGAGCGACACUCCAAGGCGGAGAUGCUGGACAUGGUGAUCCUGGAGCGAUUCCUGGCCGUCCUUCCUGCAGAGAUGGAGCGCUGGGUGAGGGAAUGUGGGGCAGAGACCAGCUCCCAGGCCGUGGCCUUGGCUGAAGGCUUCCUCCUGAGUCGGGCCCAAGAGGAGAAGGCACUGCAGGAAGAGCAACAGGAGAAAGAGGCCCAGGAGGCCCCAUUGGAUACCAACCAGGGCUUCUCUUCCAGGUGGAUCAAGCUGGAGGAGGAGGACAAAAGGGCUGCUCCUCCAGGUAAGAGGUCUUUUGCUUGGUCCUUGCUCUCAAGGUUCGUCCAAAUGUCAGGUCUUCUGUUAUGUCCCCAAAAUAUAUGUUUCCGUUGCUGUUUUCUUAGAGGUGGACAGAGGGGCUGCUUCACAGGGUAAGAUC